GUCACCAAAUUCACAUCAAACUUCCUAUGAACUCCCCUCUCGCUCGUACGUACGAAACCUCCUUAAAGUAGGCUCUAGUCGUCUUCUUCCAUCACUCAAAACCCCAAACACAAUCGAGGUUUCGGUUUUUAUGCGUUUGACAACAAGAUGAGAGCAGACUUCAUUAGACAUGGGCUUAAGUCCCACACCGCAAAAUCAGUGUGCAACAUAUGGAGGACGAAGUACUACUCUGUCUCGCACUCCGCCACCAAACCAUCAGAGCACUACCAUCAAAUUCAACACUCUAAACCUCAUUCCCGUUUCAGCCAUAAGGCCAAAGAACUCGGGCUCCCAGCUCCAGCCAUCGUUUCUUCGGCGUUGUCCACCUCUACGACGUCGUCUAAAUUCGGGCUUGUGAGUUGGUACUUGGGCAUGGUCAAGUCUCGACCUAUUAUUACCAAGAGCAUUACCUGUGCAUUUAUUUAUACUGCUGCUGAUUUAUCGUCUCAGACAAUUGUACGGCAAUCGUCAGAGCCAUAUGAUUUGGUAAGGACAUUGCGAAUGGCUGGAUAUGGGAUGAUAAUUUUAGGUCCUUCAUUACAUUUCUGGUUCAACUUUGUCUCAAGGGUUCUCCCAAAGCGUGAUCUCAUCACAACACUGCAAAAGAUUAUUUUGGGACAGGCUGUCUUUGGACCUACCAUGACGGUUAUUUUCUUCUCUGUAAAUGCUGCAUUACAAGGUGAAAGUGGUCCAGAGAUUGUUGCUCGAUUGAAGCGUGACUUGGUCCCUACCAUGAUCAGUGGUGUUAUGUAUUGGCCUGUUUGUGAUUUUGUGACAUUCAAGUUCAUUCCUGUUCAUUUACAGCCACUGGUAAGCAAUGGUUUUUCAUUCUUGUGGAAUAUUUACUUGACAUACAUGGCUAGUCAAGAAAAAGUAGGCACAGCUUGAUUGCAACUUUUCUGCUGGCUGAGACCCCCAUGAUACUUAUGUUGGGCUGGCGAAUCUUUGGUUGAUACGGGCAGUCGAGGUGAGAUUAUUCAAGGAGAAUGACAAACAAGUGCGACUUCAAAUGGUUUCUUGAUGUCCAGAAAACUUUAACCAGGAGGAUUAUGUAGGAUAAUUUUUUUUUUCAAAUGAGCAACAACCAUUUUUUAUUGAUGAUUUGACAAAGUUGGGAUGCUUAGGUUUUGUGUCAUCAUAUAGGCACCAAUUUUUGUGCCCCUGUAGCCAGAAAUUUCUCUUGCUUCUAUUAUGUACUUGGAGACGCUCAUAGUAGCGAAAGUUUUUGUCACAGUCGUGGCUUGGAUACUUGUAGACGGAUGUAAUUCAGCACAAAAUACUUUAUUCCUAAUUUGAUCCUUCAGUCCCACAAGUUGAUUCUA